AUGUUAAACACCUUCCUCUGCCUUUUUGUCAUAUGCCACAUUAUCUGCCCACCCUGCAAUGCUGCUCCAGCAGGGUCUCCAAGGAACAAGCUGCUGCUCAUUUCCUUCGAUGGCUUCCGUUGGGAUUAUGAUCGGGAUCUUGAAACCCCCAACCUGGAUAAGAUGGCCAAGGAUGGCGUGAAAGCAGUCUACGUCACGCCACCCUUUCUCACCAUUACUAGCCCUGCUCACUUCUCGCUGCUGACAGGAAAUUUUGUGGAGAAUCAUGGGGUAAUCCACAAUAUUUGGUUCAACACAACCACUCAGGAGAAGAAGCAGUACCAUGCAGCUCAGUUUGUUGAUUCCUACUGGGACAAUGGCAGCUUACCCAUCUGGAUAACAGCACAAAGACAGGGUUUAAAAACCGGUUCGCUGCAUUUUCCUGGCACAGCUGCCACUUACAAAGGAGAAACAGUAAAUGUCAGGCAAGUGGAACCUCCUAUCUAUGAUCAUGGAAACGAGACAGAAUGGAGGCUGAACAUUGAUAAGGUGAUUGGAGAGUGGUUCCGCAAACAGGACCUGGACUUUGUCUCCUUGUACUUCGGGGAACCAGAUUUAGUUGGGCACAAAUAUGGGCCAGAUUCUCCUGAAUGCCAGAAAAUGGUCGAGCAAGUGGAUCGUACUGUGGGUUACAUUCGGGACAAGAUCUAUUACCAUGGUUUAACUGACCGACUCAAUAUCAUCAUCACUGCUGACCAUGGGAUGACAAAAAUCCUACCUGAGGGACAAAUUCAGAGGAUCAUCUUGUCUAAGAUCCAAGGCUUCAGCUUCAAGGAUAUCCAGUUCCAACUUUUGGAUUAUGGCCCUGUUGGAAUGCUGCUUCCGAAAGAAGGGAAGCUGGAGAAGGUCUAUCAGGCUCUGAAGGGAGGCCACCCUCACCUUCAUGUGUACAAAAAGGAGGAGAUUCCAGAAAGGCUACACUACAGUUCCCAUCCACGACUGCUUCCCAUCAUCCUAUUGUCUGACCCUGGAUAUGUCAUCAGUGGGUUUUUACCAUUGCAAUUCAACAAAGGAGAUCAUGGCUUUGACAAUGAAGUCAUGGAUAUGAAAGCCUUCUUCAGAGCGGCGGGGCCCAAUUUUCAGAAAGACUUGAUUGUCGAUCCAUUUAACCUGGUUAACGUGUACCCACUGAUGUGCCAUCUCCUUGGGAUAAAGCCAGAGCGCAAUGAUGGACACUUGGACAAUGUCAAACACAUGCUGAUACCCAUGGAGAACACAGAAAGUGGCCAUGAUGGUGCGGAGGGCAACACUCAAAUGGAAGUGCUGAUAGGAGUGAUAUCCGUGACAGGGUUUCUCACCCUUGUGUUUAUCGUCACCGUUUCCUACAACAUGUGCAAAAGGACAAAAGCCUGAGGUGUUCUGGAAGUCCGAUAUAAAUUGUAUUCAGACAUACAGUGGUACCUUAUCUGGAUGCCCCAGCACUCGCAUGAAAAAUGCGCCUUUCCUGGAUUCAAAGAAAGGGUCUUUGUCAAGUUUCU